ACGAAGGCAUCACGUAUAUAAACUCAGAUGUCUCCUGGAUAUCCCGCAGUUAAGCUCUCACCAAAGGCGUUCAACUUGUGUUGACAAGACAUGGAUGCAACAAAGAUGACGCUAUUUCUGCUCUACGGAUUCGUGCUGGGAAUAUUCAUCUGUCCCAGUUUGGCCCAGAAAGUGAAAUACCAGUCGUGCUACAAACUGGGAGAGGGUGAGGCUGCCUGCAUGACAGUGGUCGUGGACCGAGAUACGAAACUAGUGAGCUUCCACAUGGGAGAAGGUAAUGGCUUUGAAGACGUCAGCACAGUAGAGGAUUAUGACACAGGCUUCGCAGCCUCCCGCAUAGAAGCGCAGGACGGCUGCUUCGUCCGCCAGGUGACCAACACCUUGGAGGAGCAAGAGGCCUUCCUAGCGGCACACCAGAACACCACCCACGACAUCCAGCCGGCCACCGAUGUCAACGUGAUGGCCGUGACCCUUGGCGAAACCCAGAGGGAACCCAUAGGCCGAGACCCUGGUCGACUUCUGCGGGGAGCUGCCAGUCUACAAGAUGGCCUCUUCAGCCUCGUCUCGAAAACAAGUUUAGAUUCGUCCCAUCUGGAAAAAAUGGGAGGAGGAGGAGGAGGAGGAGGAGGAGGAGGAGGAGGAGGAGGAAGAGAAGAAGAAGAAGAAGAAGAAGAAGUACGUAUCACCAAGGGUUGA